AUGAAUCCACAAGGAACAUCAAACCACCAAGAUGACUACAAAUUGAAGGACACACACCCCAAGCUGGGAGAACGCUGGCCACAUGGAGGGGUACGUGGUGGAGGAGGAUGGAUUAGCAGUGAAAGGGCUACAAGCACUUAUGAUCUUGUUGAACAGAUGUAUUAUCUAUACGUUAGAGUUGUGAAAGCCAAGGAUCUCCCCACAAACCAAGUAACUGGAAGCUGUGACCCGUAUGUAGAGGUGAAAGUCGGGAAUUAUAAAGGGAAAACUCAACACUUUGAGAAGAGAACAAACCCUGAGUGGAACCAGGUGUUCUCAUUCUCAAAAGAGAAGAUCCAGUCCUCGAUUCUAGAAGUUUUCAUCAGAGAUAGAGAGAUUGUGGGGAGGGACGAUCAUGUCGGACAGGUUGUAUUGGACUUGAAUGAAGUGCCAACCAGAGUUCCACCAGAUAGCCCUUUAGCACCUCAAUGGUAUAGACUUGAGAACCGACGUGGUGAGAACAAGGUCAAAGGAGAAAUUAUGCUUGCGGUAUGGAUGGGUACACAAGCUGAUGAAGCUUUUCCAGAGGCAUGGCAUUCAGAUGCUGCAUCAGUUCAGGGAGAAGGUGUUUACAGUGUCAGAUCAAAGGUUUAUGUUUCUCCUAAACUGUGGUACCUCAGAGUCAAUGUGAUUGAAGCCCAAGAUGUGGAGUCACAAGACAAAAGCCAGCUCCCACAGGUUUUUGUAAAGGCUCAAGUUGGAAACCAGAUACUGAAGACAAAGUUAUGCCCAACACGAACAACUAAUCCAUUCUGGAAUGAAGACCUUAUCUUUGUUGCAGCUGAGCCUUUUGAAGAGAAGCUUGUGCUUACAGUUGAAAAUAAAGUAAGCCCUUCCAAAGAUGAAGUUGUGGGAACGGUUAGCUUGGUGUUGACUGAAUUUGAAAGGCGAUUGGAUCACCGGCCAAUUCAUACUCGCUGGUUCAACCUUCAAAAGUUUGGCUUUGGUGUGCUUGAAGGAGAUAGGAGGAAUGAGCUUAAGUUUUCAACCAGGGUACAUCUCAGAGUCUGUCUUGAAGGUGCUUACCAUGUUCUAGAUGAAUCAACUAUGUACGUAAGUGACACACGGCCCACUGCUCGACAGCUAUGGAAACACCCUAUCGGAAUUCUUGAAGUGGGUAUCUUAAGCGCACAAGGGAUUCUACCAAUGAAGACAAAGGAUGGCCGAGGAACCACAGAUGCUUAUUGUGUGGCUAAGUAUGGACAAAAAUGGAUAAGAACCAGAACAAUUCUUGAAAACUUCAAUCCAAAAUGGAAUGAGCAAUAUACUUGGGAGGUUUAUGACCCUUGUACAGUGAUCACAUUGGGAGUUUUUGAUAAUUGCCACUUAGGAAAUGAGAAACCAGCUGCUGCAGGUGGAGCUGUAAAGGACUCCAGAAUAGGAAAGGUUAGAAUCCGGCUAUCAACCUUGGAAACUGAUCGUAUCUACACCCACUCUUAUCCACUCCUUGUCCUACAACCAUCGGGACUUAAAAAGAUGGGAGAACUUCAACUAGCCUUCAGGUUCACUUGCUUGUCUUUAGCAAGUAUAAUAUACCUCUAUGGGCAACCCUUACUGCCAAAAAUGCACUAUCUACAUCCCUUUACUGUAAACCAAUUAGAUAGUUUGAGAUAUCAGGCCAUGAACAUUGUGGCAGUGAGGCUGGGUCGAGCUGAGCCCCCACUGAGGAAGGAAGUUGUUGAAUACAUGCUAGAUGUGGAUUCCCACAUGUGGAGCAUGAGAAGGAGCAAAGCAAACUUCUUUCGAAUUGUUUCACUAUUUUCAGGCAUGAUCUCUAUGAGCAAAUGGCUUGGUGAAGUUUGUCACUGGAAGAACCCAAUCACUUCAGUUCUAGUUCAUGUCCUAUAUUUCAUAUUGAUCUGCUACCCAGAAUUGAUACUUCCAACUAUCUUCCUUUACAUGUUUCUAAUUGGGAUAUGGAAUUUCCGGUUCCGGCCAAGGCAUCCCCCCCACAUGGAUACUAAACUUUCUUGGGCAGAAGCAGUGCAUCCAGAUGAACUGGAUGAAGAGUUCGACACAUUCCCAACAUCCAAACCUCAAGAUAUAGCCCGGAUGAGGUAUGAUCGACUAAGAAGUGUUGCAGGUAGAAUUCAAACUGUGGUGGGAGAUAUGGCAACGCAGGGAGAGAGGUUCCAGGCUCUGCUCAGCUGGAGAGAUCCAAGAGCAACCAGUCUCUUCAUAGUUUUCUGUCUUUGUGCAGCAGUGACACUUUAUGUGACACCCUUCAAAAUAGUUGCUUUGGUUGCUGGCUUAUAUUUACUACGCCAUCCAAGAUUUCGAAGCAAAAUGCCUUCAGUCCCCAGCAAUUUCUUCAGGAGAUUGCCUGCAAGAGCUGAUAGCAUGCUCUGA